AUGGAGAUCGAUAUCAGGAUGUCGUCGACGAUCCAUUACUGUGAGACAAGCCGCGAAAUCAUCAACAUCGUCAACCCACACAGCGAGGAGAUCGUUAAGGACAUCAACUUCGUCAACUUGACCUGGUUCGUCAAACGAGCCAAGAACGCCGAGGAGAGAGCCAUGGAGUACUUCACCACGGCGAUACCACUCUCGUCCGAUUACGGCGUCUACAAAUUUUGGGGAUUGGAGGUAGUAGACCUGGGUAGACCAUUUCUGAUGUAGGAGGUAGUAGGCCUGAGUGAAUCAUUUCUGUAGUUGAGGUAGUAGGCCCCAGUGAAUCCUUUUUUUUUGUUGGAGGUAGUAGGCCUGGUUGGACCAUUUAUGUUGUUGGAGGUAGUAGGCCCGAGUGAAUCCUUUCUGUUCUUAGAGGUAGUAGGCCCCAGUGAAUCAUUUCUGUUGUUGGAGGUAGUGAGCCCGAGUGAAUCAUUUCUGUUAUUGGAGGUAGUAGGGCUGAUUGAAUCAUAUUUUUUUUAAGGUAGUAGGGCUGAGUGAAUCAUACUUGUUUUUGGAGGUAGUAGGGCUGAGUGAAUCAUAUAUUUUUUUGGAGGUGGUAGGGCUGGUUGAAUCAUAUUUGUUUUUGGAGGUAGUAGGGCUGAGUGAAUCAUAUUUGUUUUUGGAGGUAGUAGGGCUGGGCGAAUCAUUUCUGUUUUGAUGCUGGUUGGUUUUUAAAAAAAAAAUUAUAAUUAUGUUUUUGCUAUGCAUCGUAGCAAACAACAUGUUGAUGAGUUCAUAUUCUUAAAGGACUCAAUGUGCAAUUUAAUUUUGUUUGUGUUUGGCAUAUAUAUGUACACAAAAAAAAUAUAUAUUUCGGAGUAGCCUAAAAGUAAAGAACAUGACACCUAGAACAGCUUAUUUUCUCAGUGUGGUUGAUUACGGGGAACGUUUCAAGUGUUUGGGUCAGAAAUCCAAUUUCCUUAUAUAUAUAAAAUGUGUUGUUGUGACGUGGUAGAGAUUUUUAAACCAGUAUUCGAUUCCAUUGGUUCCAUAAAACCAGAAUAUUUUUUUAAAAAUACAAUUAUACGGUUGAAAGAGGGGAGAGGGGUGGUUCAGGGGUGUAAUCAAAGUAUGCGUAUAGUUACUAUUUAAAAUAGAAUGAAUUAUUUAAGAAUUAGAAUAACUAUACGUGUAGAAGAGUGAAUUAUUUAAGAAUUAGAAUAACUAUACGUGUAGAAGGAUGAAUUAUUUAAGAAUUAGGAUAACUAUACGUGUAGAAGAGUUAAUUAUUUAAGAAUUAGGAUAACUAUCCGUGUAGAAGAGUUAAUUAUUUAAGAAUUAGGAUAACUAUCCGUGUAGAAGAGUUAAUUAUUUAAGAAUUAGAAUAACUAAACGUGUAGAAGAGUUAAUUAUUUAAGAAUUAGGAUAACUAUCCGUGUAGAAGAGUUAAUUAUUUAAGAAUUAGAAUAACUAAACGUGUAGAAGAGUUAAUUAUUUAUGAAUCCAAUGUCAUUUCUAUAUUUGACGAUAUAUAAUAUUAAAUAAUGUAACGCGUUUAACAGAACAUUUUACGUUAUAACCUGAUUUAAAAGUCGUGUACUCUUUUACCUAUUUUGUAUUAAAAUGACACCUUGAAAGGUUAAAAAAGUAUUCAGGGACACGAUCAGUUACUCGGCCCGUCUCUACUUGAAGAAUGAAAUCAAAGACACCGUAUUUAACAUCGAGUUCAAUGGUAAGUCAAUAGGAUUACAGUUUUAUUUCUUACCAUUUUCUCCUCUGACUAAACAUGAGUUGUAGUUUUUGUCAUAAGCUACACUUUAAAAAAAAUGUCCAUGAUGCAAAAUCAAGAUCAAACUUUGCUACCGAGACGACAGCACCUUUUGUUUAUCAAAGGCGUGUAGUACAGAAAAAAAAAGCCAACUUUCAAUACAUAGCAGAUCCCUUUAUUUCGAGGUUUCUCUUUCCUUAAAAUGCGUUAUAUAUAAAUAUAUAUAUAUAUAUAUAUAUAUAUAUACAUAUAUAUUCUUUUGGUAAUCAUCGUUUAUUUCUAAUCUUAGUUGCCAUUAAGUUGAAGAUCUUCUUUGUGUCUUGUUGCCAUUAAGUUGAAGACGCUCUUUUGUGUCUUGUUGCCAUUAAGUUGAAGAUCUUCUUUGUGUCUUGUUGCCAUUAAGUCGAAGACCCUCUUUUGUGUCUUGUUGCAAUUAAGUUGAAGAUCUUCUUUGUGUCUUGUUGCCAUUAAGUCGAAGAUCCUCUUUGUGUCUUGUUGCCAUUAAGUUGAAGACCCUCUUGUGUCUUGUUGCCAUUAAGUUGAAGAUUUUCUUUGUGUCUUGUUGCGAUUAAGUUGAAGAUCUUCUUUGUGUCUUGUUGCCAUUAAGUUGAAGAUCUUCUUUGUGUCUUGUUGCCAUUAAGUUGAAGAUCUUCUUUGUGUCUUGUUGCGAUUAAGUUGAAGAUCUUCUUUGUGUCUUGUUGCCAUUAAGUUGAAGGCCCUCUUUGAGUCUUGUUGCAAUUAAGUUGAAGAUCUUCUUUGUGUCUUGUUGCCAUUAAUUCGAAGACCCUCUUUGUGUCUUGUUGCCAUUAAGUUGAAGAUCUUCUUUGUGUCUUGUUGCCAUUAAGUUGAAGAUCUUCUUUGUGUCUUGUUGCGAUUAAGUUGAAGAUCUUCUUUGUGUCUUGUUGCCAUUAAGUUGAAGAUCUUCUUUGUGUCUUGUUGCGAUUAUGUUGAAGAUCUUCUUUGUGUCUUGUUGCCAUUAAGUUGAAGACCCUCUUUGAGUCUUGUUGCAAUUAAGUUGAAGAUCUUCUUUGUGUCUUGUUGCCAUUAAUUCGAAGACCCUCUUUGAGUCUUGUUGCAAUUAAGUUGAAGAUCUUCUCUGUGUCUUGUUGCCAUUAAGUUGAAGAUCUUCUUUGUGUCUUGUUGCCAUUAAGUCGAAGACCCUCUUUGUGUCUUGUUGCGAUUAAGUCUAAGACACAUUUUCUGUCUGUUUGCCUUUAAGUUCAAGACAGUCUUUAUUUUUUUUCCCCAAUAAGUUAAAGACAAUGUUUGUGUUUUGCAUUUUCUUUUCAAUUUUUUUUCCUUUAUUCAACAGUACCGCCUAAGCUAAAAUCCCCCCACAUGUAUAUCAUAGAAGAUGUGAACUUAGCCAUUGGGAUAGUCACGUACAGCUGUGGCCAGAUUGGCGAGUACGGCCAUCCUGGAGUCAAGGUGGUGUGGAGGGUGAGUAUGACCAGACUGUCUACUGUUAAAGAUGCAGGUGUAGUGUUUUAGAUUAAUAUAAAGGGCUAUAGAUUGAAGUCUACUGUUACAGACUAAGUUCUUCUGUUACAGAUGUAGGUCUAGUUUUUCAGAUUGAUGUCUGGGGUUAAAGAAUGAUGACAAAUGUUAAAGAUGGAGGUCUAAUAUUUUAGAUUGAUGUCUAGGGCUAUAGAAUGAUGACUAGUGUUACAGAUGGAGGUCUAAUAUUUUAGAUUGAUGUCUAGGGCUAUAGCAUGAUGACUAGUGUUACAGAUGGAGGUCUAAUAUUUUAGAUUGAUGUCUAGGGCUAUAGAAUGAUGACUAGUGUUACAGAUGGAGGUCUAAUAUUUUAGAUUGAUGUCUAGGGUUAUAGAAUGAUGACUAGUGUUACAGAUGGAGGUCUAAUAUUUUAGAUUGAUGUCUAGGGCUAUAGAAUGAUGACUAGUGUUACAGAUGGAGGUCUAAUAUUUUAGAUUGAUGUCUUGCGUUAUAGAAUGAUGACAAGUGUGACAGAUGGAAGUGUAGUAGUUUAGAUUGACGUUUAGUGUCAUAGAAUGAUGUCUAGGUUCAUAGAAUGAUCUCUAGUUUUACAGAUUAAUGUCUAGAGUUACAGAUGGACUCUAGUAUUUUAGAUUUUUGCAGUGGGUUGUUGAGUGAUGUCUAGUUGCAAAGAUUGAUGUAUAGUAUUUAAGAUGUAUGUCUGUCAUUGCUGAUCUAAGCUUAGUAUUACAAAGUGAUGCCAUGAAUUAUAAAUAUGUGUAAAUUGUUAUUUAAUGAUGUGUACUAUAUCUUAAAAUUUAGUUUUAGUAAUUAAUGUCAGGCGUCACACUUUGAAAUCUUGUUUUACACUCGAAUGUCUUAAUUACACUGGGAUGUCUAGUAGCACAACCGAAUGUCUAAUAUCACGGUUUUAUGUCUUUUGUACACUAUGAUGUCUUGUUUUACACUGUGAUGUCUAGUAUUACACUAUGAUUUCUUGUUUUACACCGUGAUGCCUAGUAUUAUACUUGGAUGUCUAGUAUUUCAUUAGGAUGUCUAGUUUUACAAUUUGAUGUCUUUUUUAAAUCCUUUAUACUAACUUCGCUUUUGUUUUUUUUGUUUUUUGUUGGACUGGCUGGAUGGAAGGCAAAAUCUUCGGACGGCUAAUUGACCUAGUUCCGGUCAACCUAUCGAGCUGAAACUUGGCAAAUAUUCUUGAUGCCAAUGACAAGACACAUUCUGUGAAAUUUUCAGCCCCACCAUUCAAAAAUUAAUUUCCCCCGUUCUUCAUGGGGAACAUGAAAUUAAACUCUCUCUUACGGCCCUACAUACGUUUUUUUUUUUUUUUUUUUUUUUGAUAUGACAAGUGCGUUUGGUGCGUUUUAUUUCCGUUCGUUUUUCUGAAAAAGUGCGCUACGUGGUGCGCAUGCUGUGUCAAAUGUUCAGCCCCCCUCCCCUCCCACACCGUUGCUCGAUAUUGCAUUUUAUAAAGGAUUUAUACGAAAAAAAUAAAUAUGUUAUUUGUGGUUGUUUAUUACACUUUGAUUUGUAGAUUGACAUUUGGAUGUGUCGUUUGACAAUUUGAUGUAUUUUCUUACAUGUGGAUGACUCGCUUUAAAUGUUCACAUAUUUACUAGAGAAAUCACAGUGACUUUGUCGUUGCCGCUUUAAAAAAAAAUUGGGUUGCUUCAUAAACAUUCGGCGAUGAUCGAAAAGGUCUUGAUGUCAAUGGAUUUUAACUUCACGAUUUUUUUUUUUUUGUUUUUUUUUUGAGAGAUUCUUUUUUUUUUUAUUUAUUGCUAUAGCAAAUAUACAUAUUGCGAUUAGCAUGGUUAACGUAAGACUCCAACUUAUAUAAGAACGCUAGUCUAUAGGCUGAAAUAGUUCUAGCUGAGUUAAACAAACAAAAUUAAAUUGAAACUGUUACAAUUUAUUUCCAGUAGUGUGCCCUGGCAAAUGAUGAUCUCUAUAUAGAUGCCAGGUUCCCUCUGAUGCGCCUUACCUAAAUAAUAAUAUUAUUUAUUCGUUAGAAAUUUUAAAGUUGAAAUUAUAAUUAAGUGAUUUAGCUUCUAAAAUAUCAGAAGGCAAACGUGAUUUAUGUGGGGCAAUUUUCAGCUUAAAAUUAGUAUUUUUCCGUCCUUUUAUUUAACGAUUACUAACAAUCAGCUAAGACACCAUCAAAAAGUCUCAAAUAUUUUACUAGUAAAAAGUUCAAAAAGUGUUAUGAUAAAAUUUGUGUUUGAUUGGUAUGAUGGGACACAAAAAAAAAAAUUGAAUGAUUUGCUUAAAAAAUAUUUUAUUUGAAUGAUGAGAUUAAAUGUUUGCUUCGCGUCAAAGCAGCUUGUUUUAUUUUUAACGUCAGUGAAAGAUUAAACAUACAAUAACUAUUUGAUCCCUCCGUGUGUCAGAUUUAAGAAAUUGAGACUUAUUGUUGAUAUUUAAGUGAAUUUGUAAUUUGUAAUAUUUUUUAAAAACUUUUCAGUCUGAAGAGGGCCACAAGACUACAGUAAAAUACGCC